AUAUAAAGAAGUUUUAAAGUUGCAAAAAUUAACUGAAUACUCUAGUAAAACUCUAUAUAGAUGGAUUGCACAACUUACUGAAAAUGAUAACAGAACUGCAACAAGUAAAGAACUAGCAGAGGCCUUUAACAAUACUUAUCUUAGUCUUAAUAUUACAUCAAAAAUGGUUUGA